GCGAGGCGACUCCGGCUGGUCGGGCCUUUCACCUCCCCGGAGCGGGAGUGGGGCGGGGUUGGGCAUGGACCAUCCUGCCCGGCUGGGGCCGGAGCCUUCCCCCAAGUCGGGAGUUGAGGCUUUCUCCCCCUGGGGUGGGAGUGGAAGCUGAACCCCUCUCUCCAAAGCCGAGACUUGGCAGGUCCUCCUGUGACCAGGCUGAAGCUGUCCCCUCUCCCGCCGCCUCCGGGCUGGAGCAGAAGCUAAAUGUUCUGGCUAUACACCCACAUUGGACUGGGCUUUGGUCUUGAGGCCACAGCUCAGCUUUCUGCCCUGGGCCCACCUGCUCCCCAACCCACCCACUGGCCAUCUCAGGGCGCUGGAGUCUGCAAGGCAGCCUCUUGCUUGUUCCCCUGCACUGCCUUUAGCCGCUGCCCCUCAGCAGCUGUGCCCCCAGCAUCAGUCUCCAGGGACUUCCUCCUCUCCCUGCCCAGCAAGGUAGUUGGAGCAGCCAGCCAGGCUGUCCAGAGGACUGUUUGGUGGGGCUCCUGACCUGAGGUGGAAACCCAGAAAAACUUGCCCUUUCUCCCCUCUAUACUCACGUCCCACAAGGCGUCCCCGGCCCCACCCCUCAGAUCCCUGGUUUGGCGAAUCCUGCUGAGAGUGAGCAGUAGGAGGAUUCUCGAAAGCUUCCAGCUUGCCACCUGGCAGAAGGUCACUUUCUUUUGAGCAGAGGAGAUAAUAGGAGGUACCCUGCCAGUGUUCACUGUGAGGCGGGGGUGGCAGGGGCCACAGUUGCUCUGGGAGGGUUGUGGUACCUGGGGCUGGGUGGCUCGCCCUAAGCUUGCUCUGACAAAAGAGUUUUGAGUUGGUCUUUUGGCUGAGCCUGCCAAGGAAGGCAGGCCCCUGCAGGAGUCUUGGAGGGUCGGAUGCAGCGCCGGAUGAGGAUGAGGCGUGGCAGAAGAUGCGUUUGGCUCUGCAGACACUGCAUCGGGCAGCAGGGGACUCUGGGAGGCUGGUGCAGCCAGAAGGCAUGGCUCUUGACAGCCUUCUAGUAGAAUCUCUGGAAUUGUGCAUGUCCCCCUUACCUCCAGCCAGUCUGUGCAGACUUGCUGCCUGCUAUGUCACCGUGAACGGAAAGGCUGGGAAGAAGGCCCUUCACAAAAUGGACUGGUGUUGCAGGGUGAGAAGCUUCCCCCUGACUUCAUGCCAAAGCUCGUCAAGAAUCUCCUAGGCGAGAUGCCUCUGUGGGUCUGCCAGAGUUGCCGGAAAAGCAUGGAGGAAGAUGAAAGACAGACAGGUCGAGAACAUGCAGUGGCAAUCUCCUUGUCACACACGUCCUGCAAAUCACAAUCUUGUGGAGGUGAUUCUCAUUCUUCCUCAUCCUCUUCUUCAUCAUCCUCAUCUUCCUCCUCCUCUUCCUGCCAUGGGAACUCAGGGGACUGGGAUCCCAGCUCGUUCCUGUCUGCGCACAAGCUCUCGGGCCUCUGGAACUCCCCACAUUCCAGUGGUGCUGUGCCAGGCAGCUCACUUGGGAGUCCUCCUGCCAUCCCUGGUGAGGCUUUCCCUGUUUCGGAGCACCACCAGCACACAGACCUCACUGCUCCCCCUAACAGCCCCACUGGCCACCACCCCCAGCCAGCAUCUCUGAUCCCUUCUCACCCCAGUUCCCUUGGCUCCCCACCCCACCCACACUUGCUGCCCACCACCCCAGCAGCACCUUUCCCUGCCCAGGCUUCAGAGUGCCCUGUGGCUGCUGCUGCUGUCCCCCAUCUCCCAGGGCCAUGUCAGAGCCCCCACGUACCCUCCACCAGCAUGCCACUCCUGAAGAUGCCUCCACCAUUCUCGGGGUGCAGCCACCCCUGCAGUGGGCACUGCAGUGGGCAUUGCAGCGGGCCUCUCCUCCCACCACCAGGCUCUCAGCCACUCCCUAGCACUCACAGCAGGGAGCCUGGGUGCAAGGGGCACAAGUUUGCACACAGCGGCCUAGCCUGCCAGCUGCCCCAGCCUUGUGAGGCAGAUGAGGGACUGGGUGAGGAAGAGGAUAGCAGCUCUGAGCGAAGCUCCUGCACCUCGUCCUCCACCCACCAGAGAGACGGGAAGUUCUGUGACUGCUGCUACUGUGAGUUCUUCGGCCACAAUGCGCCACCCGCUGCCCCGACGAGUCGGAAUUAUACCGAGAUCCGGGAGAAGCUCCGCUCAAGGCUGACCAGGCGGAAAGAGGAGCUGCCCAUGAAGGGGGGCGCCCUGGGCGGGAUCCCUGGGGAGCCCGCCGUGGACCACCGAGAUGUGGAUGAGCUGCUGGAAUUCAUCAACAGCACGGAGCCCAAAGUCCCCAACAGCGCCAGGGCCGCCAAGCGGGCCCGGCACAAGCUGAAAAAGAAGGAAAAAGAGAAGGCCCAGUUGGCAGCAGAAACUCUGAAGCAGGCAAAUCGUGUUUCUGGAAGCCAGGAGCCAAGGCCUGCCAGGGAAAGGCUCUUGGAGUGGCCUGACCAGGAAUUGGAUCGAGUCAACAGCUUCCUGAGCAGCCGUCUGCAAGAGAUCAAGAACACUGUCAAAGACUCCAUCCGUGCCAGCUUCAGUGUGUGUGAGCUCAGCAUGGACAGCAAUGGCUUCUCUAAGGAGGGGGCUGCUGAGCCUGAGCCCCAAACUGUAUCCCCCUCAAACCUCAAUGGCUCCUCAGAACAACGGCCUGACAUCAACCUUGACCUGUCCCCUUUGACUUUGGGCUCUCCUCAGAGCCACACGUUACAAGCGCCAGGUGAGCCGGCCCCACCGUGGGCAGAAAUGAGAGGUCCCCACCCACCGUGGACAGAGGUGAGGGGCCCCCCUCCUGGUAUCUUGCCUGAGAAUGGGCUAGUGAGGAGACUCAACACCGUGCCCAACCUGUCCCGGGUGAUUUGGGUCAAGACGCCCAAACCAGGCAACCCUAGUUUUGAGGAUUCAAGCUCAAAGGAGGUCCCCAGUUGCAAGCAGGAGCUGCCUGAGCCUGUGGCCACAGGUGGGAAGCCACGGAAAGGCAAAAAACAGGGUAGUCAGGCCAAGAAGAACGAGGUGAACCUAGCCUCCCAUCCUCCAGCCAACACAGAGGUUCCCAGUGCCAAGAGCCAGAUGUCUGGCCCCAAGCAACCAGGCAAGGCCCCAGAGCUUCCCAACACAGGCAGCUGUGCUGAGGCUGCAGAGGGCAGCCGAGGGAGCCGGCCAGUAUCAGGUUGGGCUGACAGCCCCAAAACUGAGAAGGAGAAGGGCAACUCCUGGCGGAACUGGCCAAGUGAGGUCAAGGCACGUCCUUCAGAGCUGGAGUCUGUACAACCCCCAGGCUCAGCAAGGCCACAGAGCUUACCCCAGGGCAAGAGCCGCAGCCGCAGGAGCCGCAACAAGCAGGAGAAGUCAGCCUCCUCGUUGGACGAUGUGUUCCUGCCUAAGGACAUGGAUGGGGCGGAGAUGGAUGAGACUGACCGAGAGGUGGAGUACUUCAAGAGGUUCUGUUUGGAUUCAGCAAAGCAAACUCGUCAGAAAGUUGCUGUGAACUGGACCAAUUUUAGCCUCAAGAAAACUGCUCCCAGCACAGCUCAGUGAGCCCUGCCUAGGUCAAGCUUCUUCAGGGCAUCCUGAGGCCCCGACUGCCAGCUGAAGGUCUACAGUUUUUCCUCCCACGUGUCCUGCCCACCUGCCCUGACCCCUCCCUGCUCCUGCCAUCCUGGACCAACCAAACGCUGAAUGGAUGCUGUGCUGUGCAAGAGUCCCUCAGGACCUCGGCAGAGCCGCUUCCUGGUGCUAUGCAGCCUCCACACUCAGAACCUGGGGACUGGGCUGGCCUGUGCUGUGGGCCAGGGGCUGAUGGUACUGCUGGCCCAACACUGCUCUCUUUGUGUUCAGUUUUUUGUUUUUGUUUUUAUUUUAUUUUUUUUCAAUUCUUUACUUUUGAUACUGUGAAGAUCUUUCAUGCUGAAAGAUAAAGCAACAUUUGGACACAGA